GCCCACAGAACUGUCAUCGUACGUGCAUUGAAAGGUCUUGAAGACGUUAUUGGAUUGAGCGUUGUUGAUCACUUUUUGGGUGAUGGAGGGUGGAAAUUUAGCACUCCCGAGGAAACCCCUGGAAGUAUUCCAGACACUGUAAAUAAUGCUAAAUAUCUUCGAGAAUUAUAUUUUAAGGUUAAUCCUGAUUACGAUGGAAGAUAUACUGUUCCUGUUCUUUGGGAUAAAAAGUUACAAACAAUUGUCAACAAUGAAUCCAGUGAAAUAAUCCGCAUGUUUAACGAUGCGUUCGAUGAAUUCGUCCCAGAAACAAAGGGCAAAACUUUUUACCAAAAACAUCUUGAAAGCGAAAUUGAUAACAUAAAUAGUUGGAUUUAUGACAAAAUUAACAAUGGUGUUUAUAAAUGUGGAUUUGCUACAACCCAAGAUGCUUAUAAUAACCAUAUUGGAAAUCUUUUUGAAGCUUUGGAUAACGUGGAAGAUAUUCUUUCUAAAAAUGAGUUUCUUGUUGGAAACACCUUUACUGAAGCAGAUAUUCGACUUUGGACCACUAUUAUUAGAUUUGAUCCAGUUUAUCAUACACAUUUUAAAACCAACUUGAAAUCCAUUAAAUGUGACUAUCCAAACAUUCUUCGCUGGGCUAGGCAAAUUUAUAAAAUGCCUAAAAUUGCUGAUACUGUUAAUAUGACACACAUCAAAAAUCAUUAUUUCCGAAGCCAUAAGCAAAUUAAUCCAUAUGGAAUUGUUCCCGUUUGCAAUGGACCCG